UCUCAACUCAAAGUUUCUUCCAUCCUAACUCACACAACCUAGUAACUCAUUAUUCUUCUAUAUUCUAUAUUGUUCUAAUAUCUAACCCUUCCAUAAGCUUAUGAGAAAUUAAAUUAAAUGUACCUCACAUUAUCCCUUUUUAUUUUGUUACUUUCCUUGAAUGUUUGCACUUCUCGCAUUCUUGUAGAACUUGAAGAAGCAUCCAGCACCCAGAUCAACAUUUCCGAAAAGGUGUCAAAGAUUGUGGAGAAAGAAUCAUUGGAAUCAAAUGGAGGAACAAAAACAGAAGACAUCAAAGUUAAGAAUAAUAUUAGAGUUGUCCAAGUGCAACACAUGAAACAAGAGAUAUCAAGGCAUGUUCCAAGAAAAUCAGGUGUUUCAAUUUCUUUGUCAGUACCUCGGAGAAAAGAGAGUAAAAAUCCAGGAUUUUAUUCGGAUUAUUCUAGACCAAGGACACGCCCUCCUUCCCACAAUUGAUUAUUCUUUUCCAAUUCUUUUUUGUUUAUGAAUUAUCAUCUUGAAUCCUCUUAUCUUGUCGUUGUAAUCAUCGAAAUUAAUGCAUAUGUAA